UUGUACCAGAACGUACCCCUGUCCUUUCCAGUAAACGGUUAUCACACCGGAAAAAUCACAAUUCCGGCAGCCGGCGGUGGCGAUACGGCAGAGAUGGAACCUCCAUCCGUAACCAAACGCAAAACAGUCACAGAACCGAUCAAUGACCACAUCAAGCACGAUAAACAAGGUCGCACUCCAAAGAAAAGACGCAGAGAGAUGUUGCUAGGGUUAGGGUUUUGGAUUCAAGGAUUCCGAUGCUUUCCAUGGAUGGCGGUUAUCUUCUUCCUCAAAGACGGACUCCAUGUGGAUCCUUCAACACUGCAGAUUCUCCUCAAUUCUGCCAACCUUCCGAUGGUUGCCAAACCGUUUUACGGUCUUGUUUCUGAUUCGUUCUAUUUCUUCGGUCAGCACCGGAUUCCGUACAUUGCCGGAGGAGCUUUAUUACAAGCUCUAUCAUGGUUUGCGAUUGCAUCUUCACCCUCUUCAACCAUUUCAUUCUUCACUAUCACCAUUUAUCUCCUACUCGGAAACCUUGGUGCUGCCAUUGUUGAAGUUGCAAAUGAUGCUGUAGUUGCAGAAUGUGCAAAACAACCCACCACCAAUAACAAUUCUGCUGAUCUUCAGUCAUUUGCGUGGGUGGCUGCUGCCAUCGGUGGCAUCUCCGGAAACCUUCUUGGUGGCCUUUCAGUUGAUCAGUUUUCCCCACGAGCAAUGUUCUUGUUCUUUGGAAUCCUAUUGAUUCUUCAGUUCUUUAUCACAGUCUCCGUAAGCGAGAAAUCACUAGAUUUACCAAAGAAUCAUUCUAAACAUGAUAUCAGAAGCCAGUUUUCAGAGCUAUUAUUGGUGUUAAGAAGACCCGAGAUCUAUCAACCGAUUAUCUGGUUUUCAGUAUCUUUUGCUGUGAUUCCGGCCUUAACGGGCUCGAUGUUUUAUUACCAAACACAACAUCUAAACAUCGAAUCCUCUGUUUUAGGGAUUUCAAAGGUGUUUGGCCAAAUAACAAUGUUGUUAUGGGGUGUUGUAUACAAGCGACACUUAAAAUCUCUCCCACCACGGACACUGAUUGCAUCGAUUCAGGGAACAAUGGCGUGUUUGAUGGUAUCCGAUGCAUUAUUUGUGAACGGGUUUUAUCGAUCCUUGGGAAUACCAGAUUCACUAUACGUUGUGGUUGUUUCUGGGUUCCUGGAGGUCGUAUAUUACUUCAAAAUUCUACCUUUUAGUAUUUUGAUGGCAAAACUAUGCCCACCGGGUUGCGAAGGAUCUUUGAUGGCGUUUGUCAUGUCUACCAUCGCGCUGGCGUUUAUUGUAAGCGGAUACAUUGGGGUUACACUCGCGUCUUGGGUUGUCACAGAAACUGAUGUUUCAGGUUUACGGAAUGCUCUUGUAAUACAGGCUGUUUGCACCAUUGUGCCUCUUUUGUGGUCUUCUUAUAUACCCGAUAGCCCAAGGCCCGAGGCCGAAGCCAAAGGCCAAAAGAAACAGGAGUGAAAAAUUUGGUGCAAAUAUUACUGGAAAUGUUUUCAAGUUUUUUAGACAAAUUUAGUUCGUUCUUUUUCUUUAUAAAUUUGGUGGUAUUUAGUU